GGCUGAGGUGCCGAAUGGUUGUGUGAGGGAGUCCGGGUAGCGGCGCCAACUUGAUCUGUCGUACUAUCCUGCCAAAGGACAACAAGGAUGUACCCUACAUCAGGUGCAGUUUGCGGGAAAGAAUACGAUUGUGUGUGCAACCACCCUGCGUGUGUGCGUUUCCCCCCAAGCACGACUCUAGCUGCCCAGGCCCAGCAGAGAGGCUUGCGCGCAGGUGCGUUUCUACGGAGAGGCACGGAGCAAACCCACAAGCCGCCACAGCGUGCACAAGAACGCGUGCAAAGGUAGAGGUUUGCAUAGCCACGUGCCGGGCGUGCGCCUCUUUGCACACGUGCGUGCCCUUUCUGGCCCUUGUUUGCUCUCAGCCUAGCAGAGCACCAAGGGGGCGGCUCCUGUCCCCGCCCAAUCUGGCUCCGGGGCCGGGCUUGCUCAGCCACCGGAGCGUUGGAAGGGCAAUGACCGGGGCUGCUUUCAAUCAGGCGCCCGGCAGGGGAAACAGCGCCGAUCGGUUGGAGAAGCGGCGAUGGGCGAUGGGCGAUUAAAGAGUGAGCUUGAGAGCAGAAGUUACUGUAGCCGCCGCCGCAGCCGCCUGAAUCGGAGACGCUCUGAAUUGGUUGAUCCGGCAGCAUCAGCGAGAGCAUCUCAUCUCAGCAUAAACCCUGACUUAUACUCUCUCCAUUUCGACAUCUUGGGCAGCAGUUGAUGUAGGAGAUUUGAAAGGGUUUCUCCUGUAGAGAAGGAUGCCAAUAUGCACUAUGAGGUGGCAGAUUAUCCAAAGCCCAGCAGCAGUGCAGCAUUCUUUGAAGUCCUUGACAAGUGCCAAGUCGUGCCUGCGAAGGAGCUGCCCCAGGUGACCUGUUCUAACAGUGGCCGCGCUUUCUUGAAUUCCCAAAUGUCCUUCAAAAUAACUGUCAGCAAUGGCAGCGAUAGUAUUGAAGCUCAGCGGAGCCCACCUGAAUUGCCAGUGCCGCUGCUAGAUCUCUUUCCCAAAAGACCAAACAUAUUUGAGCGACUCCCUAUCCUUCAGAGGGCUCAAGAGACGAGAUGUCCUAAAACUGGCAGAGAAUGUUUCCAGCACAAAGUGAAUGGUGGCUACAACCACUGUAAUUUGAUAUCCGAGAAGAAUAACAUGAUGGACAUGGAAAUGACAAAUAGCUUGGGGCCCGUGUGUAGACAGAACCUGCUCAUACACUCAGGAAACUCGCUUACCCGAGACCACCCGUUGCCUUGUGAAAGAUUGCUGCAUGCUAGUCAGCUGAACUUGUCUGGCUCAGAUACAAGACCUCCACCAUUUCAAGGCUCAACGGACUCUAUCACCCCAUGCAUGAAUGGAAGUCAUGCUACUCAGCACAUAAAACAGGAGUGCCCAAGUGAUUAUAAGGGCCUUUCUGAGGUCCCCACACACAGAGGGAUUACCGAAGGAAUGGAACUGAGAGGCUCCAGCAGCCUUCAUCCUGAAAUAGACCUAAUGAACAAUGGCUUUACAAAUUCACUUUCAUCGUACUUCUUUAAUAAUGAACAUAGCUCCUCCCUAGGCUCAUUUUCACUCAGCAGCCCUCAGCAUUCAAGCAGGCACCAGGCAAAUAACCUGAAGAAGAGAUGCAUCUCCAUGCUGCCGUCUUCUGCUGAUGGGAUUGAUAUUACAACAAUCAUCCGUACGUCACAGACAUCACUGGUCACCUGCAUGAAUGGACUGCGGGCUAAUUCCACUGGCAUUUCCUCUUCUUCUGGGGAGAUCACUCUGCAGAGUACUCAGAAACCCUCUCGCCCCCAGUCUGGCUCUCAGCCUGAGAACCGUGGCCAUCUUCAUUCCCCUUCAGUAUGCCUUGUACCUGUUUCCACUGAAUGUGUCCGAGGGGACUGUGAUCAUCCACAAAUGCAGCAAGCAGAAGAAAAUACAAGCCUCUGUCUUAUAAUGAACAAUGCUAGUAUUCCUCAGCAAGAUGUUUCACAAAGCAACCAGAAGUUGAAUUUUUUAAAACAAGAACCACUUGAUGAAUAUUCUUCUGCCACAGAACUCUUUCAGUAUCACCAAGAGCUGCCACCACCUUAUCAUUUACACCAGCAGCGAAGCCAAACUCAAGGGACCCUGUCUCACUUACAUGCCUCCAUGUCUCCAAAGUCUCUUCACACAAGUGAAGGUGAUGAGCAGGAGACCAGCAAUGGCAAGCAGGCCUGUCGGUGGAUUGAUUGUAGCGCUGCUUAUGAUCAACAAGAUGAACUGGUUCGGCACAUAGAAAAGACUCAUAUUGAUCAACGGAAAGGAGAGGACUUCACUUGCUUCUGGGCCGGCUGUGUCCGUCGGUAUAAGCCUUUCAAUGCUCGUUAUAAACUGCUGAUUCAUAUGAGGGUUCAUUCUGGAGAAAAACCAAACAAGUGUAUGUUUGAAGGGUGCAACAAAGCAUUUUCUCGACUUGAAAACCUUAAGAUCCACCUGCGGAGUCACACGGGUGAAAAGCCUUAUCUUUGUCAGCAUCCUGGCUGCCAGAAAGCUUUCAGCAACUCUAGCGACCGGGCUAAGCAUCAACGAACACACCUGGAUACUAAACCAUAUGCCUGUCAGAUUCCUGGGUGCUCCAAGCGCUACACUGAUCCAAGUUCCCUCCGAAAACAUGUGAAAGCUCAUUCUGUCAAAGAACAACAGGUGCGUAAGAAGCUACACUCAUGCUCUGAUGCUGAACAAGACAUCUUAAGCGAGUGCUUAGCUAUGCAGCAGCUCCACCCUUCUUCACAGCACAUUUUGGACGGGAAGUGUGGACGAUCUAUGGGCCACCACGACCUGAUUCAAGGCAUGUACACUGGUUCCAGCACUAAUCACAAUGGACCAUCACCUAGUCUCCUGCCACCACCUCAUGAUGUACCUACAAGACAACAUAUGCUUGAGUCAGUCCUUAAUAGUACACACCAUCAUGCAUCACCCAUAGAAAGCACCAGAGAAAGGAUUGUUCCAAAUAUCCAUCCUCCUCUUGUUAGUCCACUGAAAACAGUAGUUGCUCCCACGCUCCUUCAGAAACACAGCUCAUCAACAUCACACAGCCAAUCUUCAAAUGGGCAGCAGUUCUCUGCUAAUAAACCAUACACGCAAUUCCAAAAUCAAUCUACACAGCAGGGACCACAAGGUUAUCAAGGCAGCUUUCACUCUAUACAGAAUUGCUUCCACUAUGGAGAUUCCUUCAGGGCUAUGGACUCAUCUGUCAACAGUGAUGUGCUAUCAAGUGAAUCCCAUUGCUUUAAUCCUCUGCGACAAAAUGGCUAUCACAUCCUCAGUACACCUAUAGGUUCAACAGGCUAUGAGGUAAUUUCUGAAGCACAAUGUGUAUCUGAAGAAGUAGUCAUCAAUGGAACAGAAGAAAAUAAUGGAUUUUUCCCAAACGGCACUUUCGAACACUGUUUGAAUCACAUUCCUCCCAUCUACACAGAUACCUAAGCCUGACUUGAAUUUUCGUCUUCUUUAGCAUGCGUAUAAUGCAUUUUGUAUUUACACUAUUGUUGUUCACCUACUUUUACUGUAUUUAGUCUGCAACUUUGUACGUGCUCAUUUAAAUCAAUCCCUCACAUGUACCAAUCUAGUUUAUAAAGGAAUAUACUGUAUAAUUAUUGGAACCUAUUCCUUUGCUGUGGCACUUUGAAAAUAAUUCUGUUAAAGGAGAAGGAGGGAGCAUCUGAAACUGCUUGAUGUGUAAGUCCUUUUAGUAAAAUAUAAAUCUAAAUUAUAUAAUAUGCUUGUAAAGAUGUUUUUCCCCUGAAAAGUAUGUUUUCAAUUUAAGAAUUCUGGUCUCUUUAAUCACAGUUAAUUCAUUGGUUGUUUUCUUGACUAUAAAAGGACUUCUUUAAAAGUCACAGACCUCAUGUACAUAAAAGUUUUUACUUACUGAGCUGGUUUUAUAUUUUCAAUUUUACAAGAAAGCAUUAAAAACUGGAAACAAG